UCGUCGUCGUAGUAGUCGUGCUCCAGUAUUCCGUAGUGGCUGGUCGGGUGGAUUGCACAUUUUUAAUUGCCAACAUUGUUAAGCGUUAUUUUCGUUCAUUCGUUUUGCUCGCUCGGUCGCUCGCUCGUCGUUCAUCCGUUUGGUUGGCGCUCGAUAGUUGGCCAUUUUUAGUUUAGCCAAGAAGCAGCAGGUGCGUUAACGUGUGUGGUGUUUUGUUUCCAAGAAGCUCUACAGUUUUCUUUUUCAUACCAUUCUGCAUAACGGUCGAGGAAAAAGGUGUUACGGUAGUGAGAAAUAGAAAAAAAAAAUAGAAACGGAAAAACACAAAGAUUUAAAAAUUUCCUAAAACUCCAACAACUGUUGGCUUUCUCAUUUUUUUUCGGUGAAAAAUUUGGGGAAAAACCCAAGAAGUGGAAGCCAAUUGACAAAGUUCCCAGAACGAUAACAAGUUUGAAAUUUUCGGUAUUUUUUUGAAACCUUACCAUCAUCAUCCUCAGUUUCGCCAUCAUCGCCAGGCUUUGGAUUAACGGCAGCUUACUUCGUUUGCGCUAAAUUUUGGCGCACUACUUUUGCUUACAUCUUCUGCAUCCUCCCCUUCUUCUUCUGCUUUCUGGGGAAUAGUUUUCUUCUUAAAGGAGGAGCACGACAGAAAAAUUCACAACUUGUUGGUCCGGAGUGGUAUGUUGAUAAAUUUUAGCCGCCAUGGAUCCCAGUGCUUUACAAAACAUGGAUCGGGACGCAUUAAAGAAACAAAUCGAAAAUAUGAAAUAUCAGGCCUCGAUGGAGAGAUGGCCGUUAUCUAAAAGCAUUGCAGAAAUGCGUGCGUUUGUCGAGGAGAACGAGAAAAAUGAUCCAUUGAUAAAUGCCCCGGAUAAAAAGAACAAUCCGUGGGCCGAAAAGGGUAAAUGUGUCAUUAUGUAAUAUUAUCGUAAACCACAAAAAUACCCUAAUAUAAAACAUCAACAACAACAAUAUAAUAGCUAUCAACAACAACCACUUAAUAAUUAUAACAAACCUAACAUCAGCAAUUAUAACAACAGUAACAACAAUAGAAGACAACCACCCUUAGAAUCUACUUCUCUCUUAACGGAAAAUGAGGCCAUCAUUGUUGAUCAGCCAGAAUAUCUGUACAAUUCCCUAGAUACAAAUGCUGAGCCGAAUAUCUUCACUCAAAAUGAUUACAAUGGUCUAGAUCCUGAAGAAUCUGCAUCAUCUUCUACACCAUUUCUCUAUCACACGGAAGAUUUUUAUAAAAAUAAUAAUUACUAUUAUUACAAUUAUAAUUUGAAUUAUCAUGAACUGCAAGAGGAGCCGUCACGGACCAAUAAGUUUUUGAAGAAAUUCAAACGACGAACCCAGCGUGAAUUGUUGCAAUGGCCGAUAUUGCAACCUCUGGUGGUGUUGAUGAUAUGGCUGCAGGCAAAGUUUUGGCAAAUGUAUUACGAUGUAAUUAUGCGUAUGAAGAACUAGCCGAGGAAGGAUCUGGAAUCAAAGGAACGAAAGAAAGAUGGAAGGAAGGCGUACAGAUGGUAACACCAGGAUCUCGAAGAACAUUAUAUGCCUAAAAUCAAUGAUGUUAAGUAUUUGAAACUGUUUGACUUGAAUUUUCCACACAUACAAUCUCAACUUUUUUUCUCCAUAAGCAUAAGUUUAUUUCUUAAGUAUCUAUAUCUACUUUUUAUCGAUAUUAUAUUACAUGAAUAACAAUUUAAACAACUACAACAACAACCAAACAAACAUUUCUUAAUUAUAUAUAUCAAAUCAAAAUUUGCAACAAAUCAACAACAACAAAUACUAAUAAAAUUUCCCCAGAAUAAUGGGAAAAAUGAAAUUCAAAACCAAUAAAACUCAUCAUCUUUGGCAUUUUUAUUUCUCAUGUUUAUGACUUACUUAACUGUUUUAUUAUGGUUUUACUUUCUUCUUCUACUUCUUCAAAGCAUUUCAUAUCGUAAAAACCCCCUCGAUAGUUGUCACCCAAAACAUCCACGAUUUUCUUAAAUUUCCUUUACUUUUACUUACCGACCAUCAUCAGCGUUGUCAUCAUCAACCUCAUCACCAAAUCAAACUCACCUCAUUUCAUUUAGUACCACCAGUAACAAGUAAAAAAAAAUAAAUAUUUGGCCCAUAAUUGAAUAUGAAACUUAGAUACCACAUUUGAAACAAACACCGCAGAACAGAAAGCCCACCCUGAUCUCUAUUAACUACACCAAAAAAAUAAAAUUGAGUAGACAACAAUGUAAGAAGCUAAGAAAAUCGAUUUCUUAACAUUUGAAAAAAAUACAUAUUUUUCUAAAUAAAUUUUACGAAAUUUAGUAACACAAAUCAUGUUAACGCUAAUUACAAUCCGUUUAGGCAAUUAAUUCCCGAAUCUAUUUUGUUUCACCAUAAAGGUUUCCUUUUUGCUUAAGAAAAACAAUUAACGAAAGCAAGCAAGCUAUUUCCCUAUUACUUUUACUUUUCCAUUAACAAAAAAACAACAUCAAGUAAAAUGCUACUAAAAAACAAAUGCUACAUUUUUAAAAUAAUAUUAUUUAUAAAGAAAACAACAACUAAUUAACUACUAUGUAGUGUUAACUAAAUAUGAGUCUCAUGAAAACAAAAGAAAAACUUAAAAAAAUUUAAUUUAUAAAACUUAUAAUUUUUUAUUUUCAUUUCAUUUGGCAUUUAGUGUUUGUAAGGUGUCAAGGUAUAGUUCUCGCUUCUUAUAGUAUGAGAAGGCUAGAGUGUAUGCUUUAAAAAGACAUUAAAAUGGUCAAAAUCGGUUCAAUACAACAGAGGCUGUGGCCAUUUCAUUGCAAUUACCCAAUAAUUAAAAAUAACCUUAUUUAUACAAAGAAUGCAGUAGAACUUGAGAAUUUAAGCAGCUUCAAUGAUGAGUUUUCAAUUCGUCAUCAAAACCAAAAUCCUCUAUAGAAUCGCCCAAAUUUAUGUCAACACAAACUAUUUGAGGCAAUGAAGCUAAAAAUAUUGUAAUUCCUAAGGCAUUUAUUUGCUGGAAAAUUCAUAGACUAUUCAUUAUCUAAAGGUGCAUUGUAAGGCUAUAAUGUAUUUUUUCAUAGGCCGUUGGAAUUUUCGAAAUCGGUCGAUUACAUUAAAAGCUGUGGUCAAUUCUUUGCAGUAACCCAAUAAAUAAUAAUGGUCAUACGCACCAGUGGUCAAAAAUUUAAAUUCCCCUAUAUCCAAGAAAAUGUAGGGAAUUCGAUGAGAAUUAAAAACACUAUAAUCAAAAUUGCACUGGAGAUUGUCAUAAAGAUUCUUGGAAACAAAGUUCCUAGGAGAAAUAACCAAAUCCCUUCAUCUUAAAUAAGUGCGACCGAAAAGCAAAAAAAAUGCUUCACUUUCUUUGGCUGUUAGUGUUUGAAAUAUAUGAGGACCGAUUUCUUACCUAAAGCAACAUUUUAGGGAUACCUUGUCCUCUACCAAUGUCUAUUUGAAUUUCGAGAAUAUGUCUUUUCCAAUAGAAGAUAUGGUCACUUCUUUGCAAUUACUCAAUAAUUAAUAAUAUUCAUACGCACCGAUGACCAAAUAGUAAAAUACCCCAAUAUCCUCGAAGACGCAAAAGGUUGUGAGAAUUGUUAAUGGUUUACACAACUUAUUACAAUAGGGAUCAUCAAAAAUGCAGUUUCGUUUUUGUUAUUUGGUGUUUGAAAACUAUGAGGAGCGAUUUUUUCGUAAAGCACCAUUUUAGGGAUACCAUGUUCUCUAUAAAAUCCCAUCCUAAGUUUGAAAAUAUGUGUCUUAGAAUAUAUGAUAUGGUCAAUUCUAUGCAAUGACCCAAUAAUUAAUAACAUUCUUAUCUACGAAGAUGCAAAAAAAUGGAAUUCUCACUGGUUAAGUGAUAACAAUCGACCUUGGAACCAAAAUUCCUUGGAAAAAAACAACCAAAUGUUCUUCACUACAAACAAUUAGGCCCAAAAAACUAAAAUAUCUUCAUUUCUUUGGUUUUUAGUGUUCGAAAAUUGCAAGGAAGGAUUCUUGUCCUAAAGCAGCCUUGCAAGACCGUAAUGUACUCUUUCAAAUGCCACCACAAGUUCGAAAAUAUAUUUAUUGGAAUGGAUAUUAUGAUCAAUUCUCUGCAAUUACCCAAUAAUUAAUAACACUAAUACGCACCUAUGGCCAAAGUUGAAAAUAGCCGAAUAUCUUCAGGAAUACACAAAAUACAUCAGAAUUAAGGCUUGUUUAAGUGACAUCUAUGUCAUCGCAGCUCUGCUGAUUAUUGAAGGUAUUAUUCCAACCAAUUUCCUUGGGAAAAAAUCGACUUCUCAGAUAAGGAAUAACUCUAAAAUAGCUCAAGAUUUUAUGAGAGUUUCGACGAUAAUUUUUGAAAAUAGCGUCAAUAUCAAUGCACAUAACCAGUUUAAAAUUUUGAUUCCUGAAGGUGUCCUCGAUAUGGAGUCCUGCUAAAGUUGUUGGGAAUUCCAUGAUCUUCUUUAAAUAAUUAUUUUGACCAUGACGUGCAAAUAGAGAUCGCUGACAAUUGGGAUGGCAAAUAUUCUGUCCUCUUUUCAGGCUUCAAAUUCAUGGGAAUUUCAAACACAUGCCCAAAAUGUAGAAUAUUUUGAACUGACAAUUAGGGAGAAUGUCAGGCGUAACACUUUGUUCAUUUGAUUUUGGGCCAUCGUUUGGUGCUGGAUCUCAUAUUUAUGGUAACCUUUGAAGUUAUCGUUUUGGUAGAGCCUAAAAUCGCUGCAAUCUCUUCGCUUUAAGGUUUUUAUCGAAGAUCUAUAUUGACCAUGGCCUUCGACUAGAGAUCACUCAACUUGUUUUGCAUAAGUCUCUUGUCAGGCUUUAGCAAUUCAUGCAAAUUGCAGACAAGUGUUUUUUGAAUUGAUAAUACGGGAGAAUGUCAAGCCAAUGGCCAUCUUUUGGUAUUGGCGAUCAUUUAUGGAAACUUUUGAGAUCCUCUCUUUAGUAGAGCCUAAAAUCGCUAAAAUUAAUGUCAAUCAUACUUACUACUGGCCCACGGAAGAAAGCCUAGAAUUACCAUACCAAAACGUUUGAGGGGCAAACCUUCGUACCAGAUCUAAAACAUUUUCGCCUCAAAUAGAGAUCAAAAAAUUUUGUAAAUUAAUUGAAUAUCACUGAAAUCACUCAAAAAUUAAAAUAAACCAUAUGCCCGAUUUUUAAAAAAUUAAAAUCAAGUAUACGAACUUCAGGUCCACAGAGGAAGUGGCUACAUCGAAACAUAAAACUACAUUACCAAGCCAAUUAAGGAGUUUUAAAAAUACUUCUAUGCUUCGGUGUCCGAAUCUUCAAAAUUGCGGAAAUUGGUACUGAUCCCAUAAAGUAAAUAAUCAGUUUGAAUAUAAACUUUCCAAAAAUUGAAAUAAUCAUACGCCACUAUGUCCAGCAAAUAAUAUCAAGUAUACGCAAUAGAUGCCCACGAAAACGCUUUAAACGUUUUAAAUUCGAUUCAAAAAUUAUUGAGUUUGAUACUAAACAAACACUAUUUUGUCAAUUUCAAAACUUUUUCUGUUUUAUAUUUUUUAAUAUAUUGGAUUUUAUUUUGUAUUCUGAGUAAUUUAUAAUAUUUUAUCUAAAUUAAAAUUAAUAAAAUUUGAAGCUAUGUAGAUUUUUUGAACUAUUAAUUUGAGUAGGCCACAUUUAUUAAUUUGUAGAAUUAUUUUGUAUUUAAAACUACAAUGGAAACUCUCACAAGGAUAUUUGGUUGAAAAUGAAUUUGGGGAGAAAAAAGAAUCCUUUAAGAGUAAAUUUGUGGAUAUCUACUUGUGAGAGUUUCCAUUGAACCCAAAACUAAGCAAAACAACAACAACAAACUGGAAUAUCUACCAAAGAUGAAUGACAAGUGCUUCAAGUUCAGAGAAAAGAUGAGCAACAAACAAAUGUACCAAAGCAAGAUGUACAACCAAUGUACGAAGAGAAAAAGGAAGCAGCAAUGGAACAGGAUAAAGCCUAAAACGACCAUCAAAUAUUAUUAUUAUUAUGAUAUAUGAACUAAUAAAGUUUAUUAAUUUAAUAAAUUAUAUAUAAAUUUUAAGGCAAACCGAAAACCAAAAGGUAGCAAUCAAUACAUACAUACAUAUUUUAAGCUAUGAAAAAACAACAACAACAACAACUAAAUGAACAAUUCGUAGAGCAUUAAAAAUUUAGAGAAAUUUAUUGAAAGAAAAUACAAACAAAAAUAUUACAAAUAUAUAUAUAGAAGCCCACAAAUAAACCCCAAAAAGAAAUAUUAUUUGCCAAACAAAAUAAAAUCCUUUCCACCCAAAAAAACAAACAAUUUACAGAUCCUUUAACAAAAAUCCUGGUAAUUUUUUUCCUUAAAAAAUAAAUAAAAAAUAUAUUUUUAUUUUGGUUUUUAGUAGAAGUUUAGAAGAGCAUACUAUUAACAACACAAUGAACUAUGGAUAUAUUUACAAAGAUAUAUGAAAUAAAUUAAUAAAAAUUUAAAAAAAAAAAAUCAGCUCUAAACUUUAUACACAUCAACCAAGAGAAAAGAAAACCAACCUAUAACAAAAAGGACUUAAAAAAAUUAUAUUAAAGAACAAAAAAUACAAAAGCUGAUAUAACUUCAAUGAAAACAAAGAAAAGAAAAACAGAAAUAUAUAUUAUAAAAUAAAAGGCGCUGACCUUCUGGUUUAAAAAUAAGUAAAAAUAUUAGUUUAUGUUGAGAAAAUAAAUAAAUCGAAAAUGUAGAAGUAUAAAAUAAAACAAAUAUAAAAAAAUAAUAAAUACAAGAUAAAGAAAGGUAAACAAAACAAAGCUUACAAUUUGCAAACAAACAACCAACAAAAUAAAAAGACGACAACAACAUCUGUCACUUGAGAACAAAUACAACUUGCAUAAAAAAAUUUAAUUUUAUUUUUAAAAGAAAAAAAUACAUUUAAAAUUAAUAUAUUUUUAAUUAUCAGUAAUGACAUAAAAAAUACGGUAGUUUUAAUUUUUAAUUACAAUUUUAAAAAUUAUUUCUUAAUUAUAAUUUUUAAAUAUGAUUUUUAAAACAAAAUAAAAUAAUAUUAAAAAUUAAAAUAAACACAUACCACAAUAAUAAUAAAUAACAUGAAAAUAGUAGCAUUUGAAAAAAAAUAAAAUCAUAAAACAAUAGUAGCAAAUUAUAUUUAAAAAAAAUACAAAAGCAAUUAUUUUAAGCAUUUUCAAAAAUAAAAAUAAUAAUAACAACAAACAGGAAUAAGAUCCAACAAGCCUAAAUAAAAUAAAUAAUUAUAUAACACAACAUUAACAGAGAAAAAAAUCUAGGGAAAGUUAUGGAAGGAAAAUUCCAAGGAAUGGAUAAUUACUAAGGAAGCUAAAAGGCUGCGAAUGGCCUUGGACAAAACGUUAAGUCAUAAGGUAAUACAAACGUAAAAUGAAACCAACAUGUAUCUACGAAAUGAAGUAACAGCAGAAAAAAACCAAAGAAGAAGGACGACCUAAGAGUCAAGGAUUAAGUUGAUGGCUUACGAAGUGGAAUCAAAAGAAAUUAAAACGUCGUGGAAAUUAACCCUAUAUUUAUGGAAAAAUUAAAUUGAACAGUGUGGCUUGUUUGUUCGGGAUACCGUAGUAUUUUGUUGUUGCAAAAUGGUCAGGCUUUAUCCCUUUAUUGUGGUUUUUAUAAAAACAACGUUUGUUUAUUAGUGGAAAAAAAUUAAAUUUCGAAAAAUCGUCGCUGAUGAAGGAUAUUCAAUCCCUGGAAGUUAAAAUCUCAAGAAUGACCUCCUCUAUCAAGAAUGGAAACUUUGGUCGGCUUUGCCAUUCUAUCAAUGAGUUAUUAUGGCAUCCACUAACUUUUGGAAGACCUCCGCUCUUAAGGACCUCCAAUUUUCAUGGUAGUACCAAUUUCUACAUCUGGCAUUCGUUUCUGGGAGGUCUAAUUUCAUCAGGUAUUCUAAAUGCAUGCAUCAAAAUCGACUUCGAAUAAAACGUCGAAAUUAAACCUCUUCUUCGCUAAGAAAGGAUAUCCAUUUCUUUACAAGCAGUGACAGUUAAAUGCUCACAAAUACUCUCCUUUCAUGAAGACAGCAGCCUAGGUUGAGGAAUGUCGCAUUUUCAUCCUUAAUUUGACAUCUUGUCAAUGAUAUACGUUCUUUCAGGGAAGAAAUAUCAACUAACUCUAGACGAGCUAUUGAAGAGCUAUCCACAGCUUCCAUUAGACUCUCUACCGUAUGGAGACCUUUGACCUUGCAUUCUUUUAAUCGUCUAUGGGAUGCCUUCUUUUCGAUGUUGAUCCCAAAUUUUUCUUGCUAACUAUAGCUCCAAUAGGCAAAUGGUGCUACGGAAGGUUUGUAAUUUUUCUCACAAACGUAAUUCGUGGAGAUAUGUCGACAUCUAUUGAAGAACUGUCCAUAACUAUCGAUAGGGUCUACAUACGCUAUAUCUGAAUAAUCUCUUAGCUUUAGGCUUGCUAUCCUCAGGCUAAGGACAAAGCCAAAGAAGAGCUCCUAUACCAGUUCACAGCUGAGGUCUGUUUUCAACAAGACGAUUAAAGAGUCCGUUAUUGCUCCAUUCUCGCACGACAAACGCAGCUCUUGUACCCCUUUCCCUCGCAAACUUCAAUUCAAUAACCGCAGGGAGAAAGACUAAGGCGUCAACCUCCUUCUAGAGGACCUCCAUUUCAGAGAGUCCCCUUUGAAACUACAGUUCGUUUUAUAUCUAUAGGAUCCUCUCCUUCUAGAAGGUUUUGCUAUACUCUUCUAUAGUUUUCUGCGGGCCCUUGGGAAGUUCGGCAGAAGCGAGUUUUGAAGAGUAAACUUUUUUUGCUAUUGGGGUGAGGAGGGGUAGGGGAAGUUAGAGGUAUGGCCAGCAUUCUCCUUGAAUUCCUCUUUUUCGGCUUACCAUCCCAACCUCUUUUUCGAAUUUGAUGAUUCUGUAGCUGCUUUGUCUGCUUCUUACUUCAUGGAGCUCUAAUUUUAUUAAUGAACGACUUCUCGGAACUGCAUUCUCUGUAAAGAUGUUGAACCUGUACUCAAAUCAUCAACAAGACAAGUAAAAUAUUUCGUUAGAGGGUCAAAGUUGAAAGUUAUUUUUUUCAGAAAAAUAUGUUUUGAAAUCUACGGACCUAUUUCAAAUUCAUUCCAUUAAGAAGAUUUCAAUAUUCACUAAAUUUCAAUAGUGUGGUGUGUCCUCUAAAAAUAGUAAUUUGAAUUUUUCAAAUUGGACAAGUUUCCGAAAAGUUAUGGACAAUUUGAAAAAUUCCCUCAAAUUAAUAACAAUCAUACGCCACCAUGUACGCAAUUUCAAAAUCAAUAAUAAUCAUACUCUUCCCCAAUAUAUAUUUACAUCUUUAAACUUAUUUGAAUAGUGUGAUCUGUUCUCUAAAAAUAGUAAUUUAAAUUUUUCAAAUCGGCCUAACUUACAAAAAGUUAUGGACAAUUUAAAAAGUAUGAAUAACAAUUGUGCGCCCCAAUGUCUAAAUUAAUAAUAAUCAUACGCCAAUGUGAAUGGAUUUAAUUUUUCCAUAAAUUAUUGGGUACAUCGGAAGAAGGUGAACCAUGUUUUUGGAAACCAAAAUAUUAUUUUGCUGGCAAAGAGAAGGAAACCAAAUAGAAAAAGGAAAUCAAAAAACCAACUCAAGCAAAUCAACACUGAGAGGAAAAAAUCAGUUAACAACAUCAAUAACAAAGUAACAAAACUACAACUAAUAAAAACACAUAAAUGGUAUUAAAAAAGUGGUUAAAUUACGACAACAACAACAGUUAAACGAAAUAUAUAAAGCAAAAAUAAACUAACAAUUUUAAAGUUUGUUAAAACUGGAAAUUUUUAAAGGUAAGUUCAAAAACAAAGUAAACAAAAUUGUUAUGCAUAUGAAGGUUAUAUAACAAAUUUUAAAACAGAUAAUGAAAAUGGAAAUCAAUGGGAAAUGUUAAUCAAAAAUAAAACGAAACCGAAGAAAUUAUGGUGAUUGUAUAACCUGUGCGGAAUCAAAACAGAAACCGGAAACCAAAAAAUUACACACAAAUGGUAUGACAUUAAAGUGUAAUGGUUAAGGCCAGAGUUAAAUAACAAGCUUUCCAUUUAAUUAUUAAAUAAAAACAAAAUUAAUAGAGGAAAUACUUAAGAUAUAAACAAAACAUAUAUACGGAUAUAAUAAUAAUGAUAUGCAUAAAUAAUAUAUUAUGACAACAGCAAAUAUAUAUUAACAUUAUUAUAGAUUUUAAGAUAACAGAAAUACGAUACCAUUUUGCAAACCAAAUCCAACAAAAGGCAUACACGGUGAUUUUUUCAUUUCGAUUAAGAGACAACAUGAAAAGGGAUUUUUUACAUAAGACAAUCAGAGGACGGGUGAGAACAUGGAAAUAAAAGCUAAAUAUAAAUGGUGUACCAAUAAUUGCCAUAUUUGUUCUUUAAGGACCCAAAAGGAAGAAAAAAUUGUCAAAUUAAUUUUUCAAGGGCCUAUUUGUUAUCAAUUUCUUAAGAACUUUUCCAAGCUUUUCACAAAUUUGAAUGGUGGAAAGUAUUCUCUAAAAAUAGUAAUUUGAAUUUUUAAAUUCAACUAAAUUUUAACAAAUUUAAGGGCAAUUUAUUAAAUUUUGCCAAAAUUAAUAAUAAUUAUACGCCAUAGUGUCCACAACCAAAAUAAAUGAUUUUUGGGGCUAAGACUAAAGAAAAAAUUAUUUUAUUUCUUUCACAACAAUAGCGAAGGAUCUCAAAAAACCACUUUAAUUGGUAAUCUGAGAAGUCCUCCUGUUUGUAAGAUUCUGGAAAGCAAUUUAAGAAAAUACAACAUUUUUUUUCAAGAGCCUUCUUGAACAAAGUUUCCCAAGAAGUCUCUCGUAUUAUAGUAAAUUUGAAUAGGAUGCACUGUCUCCCAAAAACAGUAUUUUGAAUUUUUACAAUCCACACAGUUUUGGCAAAGUUAUGGUCAAUUUACUAAAAUUUCACAUAAUUAAUAGCAAUCAUACGCCAUGAUGGCCACAAUUUAAAUUUGUGAAUUUCGAGGUUACUGUCAAGGAACCGAAUCUUGGUUUUCCAUUUCAGUAGCAACAACAGAGUACAGCCGACAAGAAAUUGUUGAUGUAAAUGUAUCUGUUAUAUAUAGGCUCCAGAGAAAGGAAUUUAAUUUUACUCAAAAAAUUGGAAGUUCCUUUCCAUGGGCCUAUUUAAUAAAAAAACUCAAAAGACGACUUUCCAUAUUAUCUUGUUUCUAGUAGUGUGGACUGUCCUCUAAAAAUAGAAAUUACGAUUUUAUAAAUUCAUCAAUUUUCCAAAAAGUUAUGGUCAAUUUAAUACAAUUUCCCGAAAUUAAUAACAAUCAUACGCAAUGGUGUCCACAAUUGAAAUAAGCGAAUUUUGCUGAUAUUUCACAAGAAACUCAAGAGGUUUUUCAUUCCUAAUAACAUCAGCAAAGCAGCCAUUAUUUAAAAUUAAAAAAAAAAACUUAACUUUUAUGGUUUUAAUGAGACUAACAAUUUAAAAAUAAAAAAUAGGUAUGGAGAUUUGAAUUUUUGAAAAUAUUUUUGGAUAAAAAUUACAAGACUUGAACCUUCCACAAUAACACAUUUUAAACCUUCUUAUGUCCUUAACAAAUAGAAAAUUGUAAUUGUAAAAUGACUUAGUAUCACCAAAGUUAGAAGCCAUUAAUUUCGCGAUCCCAAUAUCUAAUUAUCAUACGAUAUAAUCCUUAAUUUUUUAAGAGCUUAAGGAUUCAAAUUUCUCUGGAUUUUAUUCGCCUUUUAAAACUGUUGGGCUUGGAAGUCUUUUCCAGAUUGAAAAAUAUGUGGAAACAGCCGCUAUUGGUAAUGUAAAAUAAGUGGAAAAUUUUUAGCAAUUAAUUUCUUGAUAUUCAGAAGGCCUAAUCCCACCAAAAUAUCGGAUUAAUGGACUCCAUCUUAAACACAAUUUUAAAGCCCAUGAUGUUCUUCAAAAAUAGAAAUUCUUUAAUUUUAAAUUGUCCUAUUAUCAAAAAAGUUAUGAGUAAUUUUAUAAAUAAACCCAAUAAAUAAUAAUACUUAUACGCCACAAUGUCCGUUCAUUAAAUGGACGAUAUUAGGGCAUAUCCCAACAAAUCUGUGAAUUAAAGUUUCCAAUUGAAUUUUUCAAGAUUGUUGGCAAUUGCUAACACCUUUUUUCUCACACUUCUGUGGUUGUUUGUGUAAAAAAUCCCUAAAAUGUUAUUGAUUUCCAUUUAAAUAAAAACACAAAAAUUAAGAAAACAUUUUUAACAUAAAUUAAAUUUAAAAACGUAUUUAAACUAAAUAUAACGAAUAAUUACAAAAAAAAAAAAACACAAUAUAUAAACAUAAAAAGGAAAUGUUAUAAAAAUUAAAAAAAAAAAAACUGGAUGUGAAUGCAAAAGGAAACCUUACAAAAGAAUGUUAAAACCGAGAGAAAUAUAAUCGGACUGAAAACAAAAUUUCAGUUCGAUUAAAUUUGAAUGAAGGCUUAGAAAAGAGCUCAAUUUAGUUGUAUGUGAAACAAAAUGAAGUACUUACAGAAUGUUAAAUUUAAAAAUUGAAAUAAAAUAUUUAACUCAAAACAAAUAUAUAACCUUAAAGAAACCAAAACCAAAAAAACAUAGUUUAUGAUCUUAUAAGUCGGUGUUGUUAUAACAAAAAAAUAUCUAAACAAUAUUCAUGUUAAAUUCAUUGAAAGCAAAAAAUAACAAACAAUUUUAAACUAUUACCAAACAAAAAAAAAAAACUUAUAAAAAACAAUAUUUACUAUAACAUUUGCAUGAUCCAAAAACCACAAUGUAAGGUUAAGUUUAUAAAAUAGUUUUAAUUGCAAUUUUGAAAAACUAAAAAAAAAAAAAAAACAAAACUUUCAAAAUAAAUGUGUCAAAUUUAGGUUUACUAUAUAAGCUAAGGUUAUAAGUAUAUUUAACAAACAUAAUGUUAAUUAGAAAAAUUUAAAAAUUAAAUGAUUCAAAAAGUUGCCCACUACAAGAAAAAGUUUCAAACUCAAAAACUCUCUCUCUAACACCAUCAACGUAGAGAGUUACAAUUUGAACCUUUUUUAAAAACAAAUAAAAAAGAAAAAAUAACAAAACUUAAAUUUAAAGAAUUUUUUUUAGCAAGUUAAGUGAUAAAUUAUAUAUAAAUAUCCCCCACAUUUUUAACAUUAACAACUACAUACUCGAAAAGUAAAUCGAAGAACAACAAAAAAACAUUCAUUAUUAAAUAUUACAUUAAAAUUAUAUAGCGUGAAACAAAAUAUAAAACAUUAAAUAAAUUAAGUCAAUCCAAACAACCUAAAAAAGAAGGGAAAUUCUCACAAAUUUCCCCUGAAUCUCAAAAACAAAAACCAAAAA